AUGACUACAAAUACAUUGGUUACAGCUAGUUCACCAAAUAUUACAAAUGUACCUAUAUCAAAUAAAUUAGAAACAACUCAUAAUAAUAAUUAUCAAUUAGGAACAUUUUCAUUGUCUCCUAUAAUGAAAUGUGUUAAUCAAUUGAUUUCUACUCGUAAUCCAUGUGAAUCGUAUACACCGAAACCAAAUUCAACUGGGAAACAAAUAACCUUUGAUGAAAAUAUAUGUACCACAGGUAACAGUGUCACACCAACUUCAUUAAAUAAACCUACAAGAUCUUACAGUCAGUAUUCACCUUCAAUUCAUUAUGGUAGUGCACUGGCUACAUUACCACGUAAAAAAGGUCCUGCACCUCGUCCACCAUCUGUAGAUGAUCAAAUGAAUGAUCGGAGUGGAAUGCCAAUUAACAGUACUGGUUGUUGGAGUACCUUCAAUCGGUUGGAUAAUAGUCGUACAUCAUGUUCCUCAACUGAUCAUGAGAAAUCAUUGCCUAGUGAUCAUAUUGACAUAAUCCUGGAUCCAAGUUAUUUAUCUAAUGCAAUUUAUUCAACUUUACCUAAUCGAAGUUCACAUCUGAGUAGAAACAGUUCUGUUUCAGGUUGUUCAAAUUUACCUGUCCUGUAUGAUUCUCCCUUCACGGAAUCAUCCCCAGAUGCUUCUGUAUCAACCAAGGAAGUUCAAAUAUCAACAGUGAAUUCAUCUAGUCAUUUAGUUGAUUCCUCAAAAUAUUCAUUAUCACAACAUACAAAUGAUAAAUAUGAUUCUAGUCUUUAUUCAACAUCAUCAUUGAAAUGUAUUAAAAGCUCAAAUAAUUUAUCAAUAUUCAAUUGUAAAAUAGGUGAUCUAUUAGAAGCUUUAUAUGAUUGCGAAGCGGAAAAUUCAGAUGAAUUAACAUUUAAUCGUGGUGAAAUUAUACAAUUAAUCGAUAGACCAGAUAAUGAUUGGUGGGAAGGUUUCAUUCAAUCAGACCCCAGUCGACGUGGAAUGUUCCCAGUGACUUAUGUAAAGCGUUUAUCUGAUAGGUGA